AUGGCUUCUUAUUACUUAGAGAUUUUCCUAUCAGCAGUCUGGUUCUUAGCCAUAUGGGCAUGGAGAACCAAGAUUCACAAAAGGGUGUCUUAUAAGAACCUGCCGGUGAUCGGAAUGCUCCCGACUCUCUUGCUCUCUGUCGAAAACAUCCACGACAUUUGCACCGAGGUUCUGAGAAAGAGCCCACGUGGAACCUUCCUCUUCCGAGGUCCAUGGUUUUCGAACAUGGAGAUACUCUGCACCGUCGACCCGGCCGACGUCCACUACAUCAUGAGCUCCAACUUCCAGAACUUCCCGAAAGGCCCCCGGUUCAGAGAAAUUUUCGACGUUUUCGGACGAGGGAUUUUCAAUUCGGACUCCGACUCGUGGAGGUUUCAGAGGAAAGCCGCGCGCGCCCUGCUCGGCCACCGCGGAUUCUUCGAGCGCCUCGCGAGGGUGAACCGCGAGAAAAUCGAGGCCGGCCUUAUCCCUGUUUUCGAGACGAUGAUUCGUGAAAAGAAUCGGGUCUUUGAUCUGCAGGACGUUUUCCAGAGGCUCACGUUCGACACGACGUGCGCUUUGGUCACGGGUUACGAUCCCGGGUGCCUUUCUGCGGAAAUGCCUGACGUCCCAUAUGCGAAAGCCAUGGACGAUGCCGAGGAAGCCGUCUUCAUGCGGCACGUGCUGCCCGAGACGGUUUGGAAGUUCAAGAGGUGGGCCCAGAUUGGAUCCGAGAGGAAGUUGCGAGACGCACAGAGGGUUUUGGAUGAGGUCAUUGGCGGGUACGUUGUACGAAAACGAGACGAUUUGAUGAAAAAGGGGAAUUUAUCGAGUGAGGAAUCGAGCGACGACGACGACUUGCUAAGUUUGUACAUAAGUCGGGGAUUGUGUGAAGGCGAAGACGAAGACGAGUUUUUUAGGGAUACGGUUCUAAAUCUGAUGAUCGCGGGUCGCGACACGAUGAGUUCUGCGCUGACGUGGCUAGUCUGGCUCAUCUCAACUCACCCGGAGGUGGAGAGGAAGAUUCUAGAGGAAUUGGAGUUGGUUAUUUGCGGCUCGGGAGAGGGAAAUGAUGGGGGGAAAAAACUGAGAGUUUUUAUGGUUGAGGAGACGAGUAAGUUGGUUUACAUGCACGGAGCGAUUUGCGAGGCGUUGAGGUUGUACCCGCCAGUGCCUUUCCAAAGUAAGAUGCCGACCGAGUCGGACAUUGUCCCGAGCGGGCAUUAUGUGAACCCGAAGAUGAAGGUGAUGUUCUUCUUGUAUGCAAUGGGGAGAAUGGAGUCGAUUUGGGGGAAGGAUUGUUUGGAGUUUAAGCCCGAGAGGUGGAUUACUGAGAGGGGGACGAUCAAACACGAGCCAUCGUACAAGUUCCUAGCGUUCAAUGCUGGUCCAAGGACGUGUUUGGGGAAAGAAGUGGCGUUUAGCCAGAUAAAGAGUGUCGUGGCCACGAUUAUCUUUAACUACCGGGUGUCUGUGGUCGAGGGCCAUCGAGUGGCGCCGAAUUGUUCGGUGAUAUUGUACAUGAAGGAUGGGUUGAAGGUUAGGGUUGCCAAGAGGUUGGGUUGA